AUGGCGUCUUGUCUGAUAGCAACUUCUUCUCAACAGCAGUUGGGUAAUGGCAUCACGCCGAAAACCAACGGCUACCACAAGUCUUCCGGCUUACUUGGUUCAACAAACGGAGUAACAAACGGAACGAAAAAUGCAAUCAGCCCAAUUGCUAUCUGUGGAAUGGCAAUGCGUCUUCCCGGCGGGGUGCGAGACGCUGAUGCCUUCUGGGACGUGCUCGUGAACAAGAAGGACACUAGAGGUCCUAUCCCAUCCAACCGAUAUAACGCAUCUGCAUUUACUGAUAAGUAUGGUAAGAAAGGUGCUAUAAAGACUCAGUAUGGCUACUUUCUCGAUGAAGACCUCAGCAAGCUGGACACAUCAUUUUUUACUAUGAGUAAGAAUGAAUUGGAGAGAACUGACCCGCAACAGCGCCAGCUUCUUGAGGUGAUCCGGGAAGCUUUUGAAAAUGCUGGUGAAGCUGACUAUAGAGGCCAGUUGAUUGGCUGCUAUGUCGGUACCUUUGGAGAGGACUGGCUCCAAAUCAGCGCCAAAGAAACCCAACACUCGGGUGGAUAUAUCAUGACUGGUCAUGGUGAUCUUAUGCUUGCUAACAGACUAUCGUUUGAAUACGACCUCAAAGGUCCCAGUAUGGUAGUUAAGACUGGGUGUUCUGCCUCACUUAUAGCGCUCCAUGAAGCGUGUCGAGCAUUACAACAUGGCGACUGCACAGGUGCCAUUGUUGCUGGCGCCAACAUGAUCAUGGGCCCAACAACAACGGCUGCGAUGACGGAGGAGGGCAUUCUAUCCCCCGAGGGGUCCUGUAAAACCUUCGAUGCCGCUGCUGACGGAUUUGCAAGAGCCGAGGCUAUUAAUGUUGUUUACGUCAAGCUUCUUGAUGACGCCAUCCGUGACGGAAAUCCGAUUAGGGCUAUCAUCCGAAAUACCGGAACUAACAGCGACGGUAAGAGUCAGGGUCUGAUGACACCUAACGGAGCCGCCCACGAGAGCUUGAUGCGCAAAGUUUACGCAGAUGCCGGACUUCUACCCCAUGAGACAGCAUUCGUUGAGUGCCACGGGACAGGAACGCCGACCGGCGACCCCUUAGAGACAAACGCUAUAGGGAAUAUCUUUGGUUCUCAAGGUGUAUACAUCGGCUCUGUAAAACCUAACGUAGGCCACUCGGAGGGUGCAUCAGGACUUACCAGUCUCAUUAAAGGGGUCUUGGCGCUGGAGCACGAUAUAAUCCCGCCUAAUAUCAAAUUCAACAAGCCAAAUCCCAAGAUUCCAUUCUCGAGUAGGAAGCUUUGGGUCCCGAUUGAGCCAACGAGUUGGCCCCAAGACCGAGCGAAACGAAUUAGCAUUAACUCUUUUGGAAUAGGGGGCUCGAACGCUCACAUUGUAUUAGACGCGAGUCCACAUCCCAUAUCAAAUGGGCUAACACAUAGCGAAAGCGCAGGACCAAAGCGCGCCCAGCUAGCCAUUCUCUCCGCAAACACACAAGAAUCCCUAAAGACGUACACCGACAACUUACAAGAAUAUGUCGAUAAACAUCCCCAAAAUGCUGAUAACAUUGCCUACACGCUCGGCCGACGUAGGGAGAUCCUGCCCCACCGGGCCUUUAUGGUCAUCGACAACAAUGGCGCGGUAGUCGAGAAAUCAGCUCCCGCAAAAGCACCAGCCGGCAAUCCCGACGUCGUGAUGGUAUUCAGCGGACAAGGAGCACAAUGGCCGGAAAUGGGGAAGGAACUCUUCCUCACGGAUGAAGGAUUCAGAACUGACAUCACGGAAAUGGACCGUCUCCUCGAGUCACUUAUUUAUCCUCCGUCGUGGUCAAUUGAAGCCGAAUUGCUCGCGCCGCCGGAAAAGAGUAAGAUCCAUCGCGCUGAACUGGCCCAGCCCCUUUGUACUGCAGUCCAGAUUGCUCUUGUCCGAAGCCUCCAUAGAGUCGGCGUCCAACCUGCAGCCGUAGUAGGCCACUCCAGUGGAGAGAUCGCGGCUGCCUACGCGGCUGGAGCUAUCUCGCUUGCGGAGGCCUUGAUAUCGGCGUAUUAUCGAGGCUACGUGACAAGGGACCAGACCUUGAUCGGUGGGAUGGGAGCGGUGGGGUUGGGUGUCGCUGAUGUCUCUAAAUAUGUUAAGGAGGGUGUAGUCAUCGCUUGUGAUAACAGUCCCAAUAGCGUUACACUUUCCGGCGACGUAGGAGCACUAGAAGGCGUUCUUAAUGCGAUCAAGGCAGACAAACCUGAUGUACUUGCGAGGAAGCUCAAGGUGGACAUGGCUUACCACUCAAGUCAUAUGAAGGGGUUAGGUUUUAAAUAUCGAGAGCUUAUGGAGCAAGAGCUCAAGCGCCAAGGUCUUACUCGUCAGCAAGCUAGUGUACCCUUCUUUUCAUCUGUAAAAGAAAGGGUCAUCGAGAACGGAGAUGAUCUUGGGCCGGACUACUGGAUCGCUAACCUGACUUCACGAGUGCGUUUCAACUCCGCAGUACAGCGCAUACUAGAGCAACGUCCAGGAAGACUCUUCAUCGAGAUCGGUCCUCACUCGACACUAUCCGGGCCACUGCGACAGAUCGUAUCAAAUUCUGAGUCUCAGUUCCAAUAUAUUCCUACGAUGAUCAGGGGCUCCAACAGCGCCCACAGCCUAGCUUCGGCACUUGGUCAGCUAUUCCAGAGCGGCGUUUCAAUCGACUGGCCUGCUAUUUUCCCCUCAGGAAAAGUGUUAACUGAUCUCCCCCGCUAUGCUUGGGACCACAGCGGCGGCUCGUUCUGGUACGAAGCCCGCGUUUCUAAGGAAUGGCGUUUCCGCCAAUUCGGACACCAUCGUCUUCUCGGUUUACGCAUCCCUGAAAGUUCGAGUUAUGAACCUUCCUGGCGGAACCUUUUGAGCUUAGAGGAUGAGCCUUGGCUGGCAGAUCAUAAAAUCCGCUCAGAUGUCGUCUUCCCAUUUGCAGGAUAUAUUGCCAUGGCCGGAGAAGCAAUAAGACAGAUUACGGGUAUUGACGCGGGUUACCAAGUGAGACGCGCAACAGCUCGGUCAGCUAUGGUACUCUCAGACCAUCCAGUGGAAGUAUUGACAACAUUGAGACCUUCCAAGUUGACUGAUACGAUCGACUCGACCUGGUUCGAGUUUUCUAUAACAUCUUAUAGCGGUUCGGCUUGGAUCAAGCAUUGCGAAGGUCAAAUCAGAGCAAGCAUAAAUCCAUCGCCCUCGUCCUCGCUUAUACCGGAGAAGGGUGAACUCAUCAGGAAGAUCCCCGAAUCAAAAUGGUAUGAUACUAUGGAUAAUAUUGGCGUUGUGUAUGGGCCGGAGUUUCAGGGGCUCCAAAAUAUCGUCUCGUCCACCACCAAGAACCUGGCUGCCGCCAAGGUCAACCUUCCGCGUCACCACGAAGAUCCGGCUUUCAUAUUCCAUCCGGCCGGGAUUGACAACUGCCUGCAACUUGCCCUAGUUGCGCUGGCAAAGGGCAUUGGGCGAAACUUUGGCGAGUUACAAGUGCCUACUACGAUUGAGGACCUUUAUAUCUCUAGGAGCGCCGCGAUAAUGGAUGCUGUAGCGACUAGCAACGGCCGCGAAUCCAUCGCUAUUGAUUGUAUUGCCGACGGCAAGGUUGCUUUAAGGCUACGUGGACUCGAAUUAACGACGAUGGAUAAUGAUACCACUCAGCAGACUGAGCCGCAUGCAGCGGCUCGUCUAGAAUGGCUUCCAGACUUCGACAUGGUCGACCACGCGACGUUGUUCAGUCCCCCCCGGUCGAUACCGGAAGAGACCAGGAUGCAGGAAGAAAUGACACUUUUAUGCAUGCUGGAAACUGCUGAUAGAUUCCGCGACUGGCUGGAGCUUGAAAUCGACCGCGCAAGGAAGGGCACAUACCCCUUGUUAGAGUACUGCAAAGAAUACGUCGCACUACCAUACCAAAAGCUCUUGCCCCUUUCAGAAAAGGGCUCCGUGGCCAUCGGAAUCAAGCGGAUAUACGACAACUGUGAAGACAUCUUCACGGGCAAGACCGACACUUUAGAGACCCUAAUGCAGGACGACGUCCUUACGGAGAUCUAUAAUGCCCUACUAGCCCACUCGCGGCCAAACAUGCGCAUCCUCGAGGUCGGCGCAGGUACCGGCGGUACCACCGAAAUGAUCCUCCGGACCCUCGUGCGGGAGGACGGCCAUCCGCCCUACUCCGUCUAUACUUUCAGCGACGAGCGAUUUUCGUAUGCGCCCAACAUGGACUACAAGGGCUUCACGGCCGGAACUUACGAUGUUGUGCUCGCACCCAAUACGCUUCUAAACUUACAGCCGCUUCUGCGGCCGGGAGGCCUUCUCGUUUUGACUGAGCUAUGCGCUGUUGUGCGAACUCCAAAUUAUAUAUUUGAUGGCCGACCUUAUGAGCCUUAUGUCUCCGUCGAACGAUGGGAUGAUGAGCUCAAGGCAACUGGUUUCUCCGGGCCUUACCAUUAUUGCGCCGCCAUCGUAUCAACCAAGGUAGAAGAGAAUGCCUCUUCUGAAAAGGCGCCAUCGCCAGUAUCAAUCCUGUGUGAUGAUCCUGAGGGAGAUCUAAUAGGACUCCUUAUCGAAGAACUUGCAAGUUCUGGCAUUUCGGCAAAGGUGUUUCGAUUGGGACAAAGCCUACCGCACGACCAAGACGUUGACAUCUCGCCAGAAAGACUAAAUGCGUUCCAACAGAUAUUGCAGGACUACAAGUCAGGAUCUAUCGUCUGGUUGACCCGACCAGCUCAAGUAAACUGCAAAGAUCCACGAUCCGCUCAAUCCAUCGGUGUCGCACGAUCCAUCCGAGCCGAGUCCUCGGUGCCUUUCUAUACGCUAGAGAUUAUUCAGAAGGUAUUGAGUAAGAUUCGACAAUAUGUCGUUGACGCUGGUGUUGUCAAGAUUGGCCGAUACCAGCCAUUUUCGGUUGGUAAAGAGCUACAACAGAACGCUAGUAGCACUGUAGUUCAGGAGGUGAAGGCAUUGGAAAUUACCAAGCCUGGGUCCCUCGAGAAUGUCGGCUGGGUAGGCGAAGCUAUAUCGAGUAGCCUUGGAGACGACGAGGUCGUAAUCGAGACACGAGCGGUAGGAGUUAACUUCAAGGACGUCCUCUAUGCGAUGGGUAUUCUUAAGACCAGUACAGAAAAUAUUCCGUUAGGUCUCGAACUGGCCGGCAUCGUCCGCCAGGUUGGUGCAAAAGUAGAUGGUCUAGCUAUCGGAGAUCGUGUAAUGGCAACUCCGCCGAACGCAUGCUUCAAGACGCAAGUUAAAACGCCAGCUUCUCUUGUCGCAAAAAUACCGGACGAUCUCACUUUUGAGGAGGCGGCCUCUAUGCCUAUAUGUUACACGACGGUGAUAGAGUCACUCUUGAACAUUGGGCGACUAGAAAAGGGUCAGUCUGUUCUUAUCCACUCAGCGGCCGGAGGUGUCGGACACGCCGCAAUCCAAAUCUGCCAAAUGGUUGGCGCAGAGAUAUUUGCAACUGUCGGAAGUAAGGAAAAGGUAGAACACCUUGUAAAGAAAUUCGGUAUUCCGGCUAGCCACAUAUUCCAUUCACGAGACGAUUCAUUCGUUGCCGAUUUGAUGCGUGAGACCAAUGGCCGCGGAGCUGAUAUUGUGCUCAACUCCCUUUCUGGAGAGUUAUUGCAUGCUUCCUGGGACUGUGUCGCCGAGUUCGGUACCCUGAUCGAGCUCGGGAAGAGAGACGCUAUCGAAGGCGGUAAGCUUCGGAUGAGGAACUUCAUAGAACAUCGGUCAUACUCCUGUGUCGAUAUGUCGCAUCUUGCACAGAAAAGACCACAGAGAGCUGGAGCGGACUUGAAGAAAUGUGUUGAACUCUACCGAACUGGUGGUAUAAAGCCAAUCGGUCCGCUCUCUGUAUUUGAUGCAGGCGACGUCCAAGAUGCAUUCCGCGUAGUGCAGGACGGAAACCAUAUCGGCAAGGUAGUUGUCCGUGUACCUGAAGAUUCUUCGACUCUCACGAGCAUGCCUAAACACUCCGAGUUGCGUUUGAAGAAUACCGCUUCAUAUGUGCUAACAGGUGGCUUGGGCGGCCUUGGAAAGGUUAUCGCUACCUGGCUCGUCGAAAAGGGGGCUAGAUCGCUAGUAUUUCUAUCUAGAAGUGCUGGAAAGACACAACAGGACCAAGAGUUCUUCCAAGAACUGCGAAGUAUGGGGUGCGAUGUACGCGCCGUACCGGGCCGGGCCGAAUCGGUUGAGGACGUCAGAAGCGCAGUUUCGCAAGCUCCAUAUCCCAUUAAAGGAGUCAUCCAUCUAGCGAUGGUUCUCCGGGAUUCACCGAUUGCAAGCAUGAAACAUGAAGAUUGGGUGGCUGCAAACGCCCCCAAAGUGACUGGUGCAUGGAAUCUCCAUGAGCACCUGAAGGGGCAUGCCCUUGAUUUCUUCGUCAUGGCUAGUUCCAUGGUAACUAUUGUCGAACAGCCAGGGCAAGGUAAUUACAGUGCUUCAAACACGUUCCUUGAAGCUUUCACCCAAUACCGACGUUCACUAUCUCUCCCUGCGACGGUGCUUAAUAUCAGCCCAAUAGACGGUGUGGGCUUCGUCGCCGAAAACCCGUUCGCAAGGAAGAACAUGAAAGCACAAGGACUGUACUUCUUGCAUGAGGCGGAGCUCCUGGACUUUUUCGAACUGGCUAUCAUCCAAUCACGCCCUUACGAAGGGCUCAGCUCCACAGGCAACUCCACGCUGACUCCUUGGACGAGUACCGGCCAAUUAGUUAUGGGCUUGCGCUCCGAGGAUGACCUGAAUGACCCAAAUACACGAACUAACUGGCGCCGGGACCGACGAAUGGGCUUCUACCACAAUAAUAAUGAGAAGGAAACCAAUACAAAGGGAAGUUCCGGUGAGCUAAUCACGUUCCUAGCACGGGUGGCUGAUGAUGUCGAAGUACUGGACGACCCGCAAAGCGUUUCAUACCUGAGCCACGAAAUCGGUAAGAAGGUAUUCAGCUUAAUGCUUAGACCUGAGGACGAUCUAGAUAUCUCCUUGACAUUGUCGCAAAUUGGAUUGGAUUCGCUCAUGGCAAUUGAGUUGCGCCGCUGGUGGAAACAGGUGUUAGGCCUGCAAAUCAGCGUCCUUGAAAUCAUGGCUACUGGAACGUUAGAAGCGCUGGGAGGUGUCGCCGCUAGAAGCUUGAAAAAUAAGUUCGCUGGAAGUGAUACGCCUGAAGAAAAGGCCGGAUGA